AUGGUCCUCUCCAUCCUAUUAGCAACCGUCGCAGCCCCGGGCCUACUUGGAUCUCAGGAAGCAAUUCGCCAGUCGCAGUCCAAAGAAAAGAGAGAAGAGCAUCGCGCUCGCCGUUGCAACCUCAUCGCAACAUGCGUCAAGUCUUCCAACCGCAGCCGCGAAAUCAACGGUCGACAGGUUGUCCUCCGCAACGGAAAACUAUGGAUCGAUACCGGAUCUGAAGAUGGAAGUCCACUUGGCCAUCCAUAUGCGGGCUACUACCUACCAUACCCGGAUACAAAGUACGAGGGACUCGUUACGACCAUCACUGAUGUUGCGCCGAUUAUGAACUGGAUUUAUGUUGAUAAAGAGACGUGUGAAGUCAAGUACGGCGUGCGCGCAGAUGCGCAACCCAACCUCACUGGGCCAUUCGACUGCACACGACAGGAUCGCCGACUCACGUUCGAUGGCUGGGAGGGAUGGUGUGCUGUAGAGCAAGCGCCUGGCUUGUGGGCCUUGUAUUUUGAUCUUGACGACGACGGUUUAAAAUCAAAACUCGGUCCUGGUACCAGAGUGCUAGAAAUCGAGUUGACACGAAAGGAAAAGCGGUUCCAGAAAGAGGCAGAUGCACGCCAGCAAGAUCAGACGACCAAAAGGUCGGUUGAUACAAAGGAAGAUGCGCCCGUUGACCAGCCACUUGGUCCCGAAACGCUA